CUGCAAAUGCGCCAAAAUAAGAAGAAGAAGGAGAAGAAGAAGAACUAAAAAAAAAAAAAUGUGUUUACUUCUGUUCUGAUUAAAAUUAGCCGGUUAGAGCUCAAAACGUAUAUGAGCUUAUGUCCGUUUGUUUAAGAAACACAAAAAUGGCUGAGUCAAAACACGUUUUUCAUAUGUUGCUCUGAAAUACCGCUGAAAUAUCUCGCACGUGGUCUUUAUUUACUGCUCGAGACCCUUGCUUCCUGUUGAUUUCUAUCUAGCUGUUUUUGAACAGGAGCGCGCAUACUACACGAUGUCAGUUUUCCCUCAGCUUUCCAUGAAGCCAGAAGUGCGAGAACAUCUUAGCAAUUGUUUAUAGAGGAAAACAGGUGGAGUCUGAAUUUGAUAAAGAUGAGGUGUUUGAAGCUCUGCUGGUCCUGUCUGUCUCAUCCACCCUUGUUCACCUGUCUGAGAGCCAGCACACACCUGCACCCACUACAGGAGAUUCAGCAUAGACUGGAGCAACAUUUAGCACUGCAGAAAAGAGCUCCAGCUGUUUACACUCACCCACAGCUUCCAGAUGUUCUACUGCUUCCAGUCCACGGCCCGAGGCAUGUGGAUUUGCUGGCCUCUGAAGUUAUAGUUGGCGCUCAGUGUGGCAAUGCUGUUCUUCGAGGUGCUCACGUAUUCACGCCUGGCAUCCUCAGCACGCCAAAGUACAUGAAAGCAGGAGACAUGGUGUCUGUGUUCUCUGAUAUUGAGGGGAAGUGCACACGUGGAGCCAAAGAGUUCAAGGGCAAGAAGGUAUUUCUGGGUAAUGGGAUUUCUGAGGUGGAUCGCUCAGAAUUAUUCUGCUCAGAUGGACCUGUCAGGGGUGUUGCGAUUAGAAUGACAGAGCCUCUCUAUCAAAGUCCUUCCUUUGAUGGUGUUCUUACAGAUGAGGUCUUUCUCCAGAACUUGCCGUCAGUGGUUGUGGGGCAUGUUUUAGGACCUCGUCCUGGAGAGCGAAUCCUUGACAUGUGUGCCGCUCCUGGAGGAAAGACGACACACAUUGCUUCUCUUAUGGGAAACCAGGGUACUGUUGUGGCUUUGGAAAAAAUCAGAUCCAAAAUGGAAAAGAUAAAUCAGAAUGCAAAGAUGCUGAAGUUGGACUGUAUUAAAGCAUAUUGCUGUAACAGCAUACAUGCUGUGAGCUCCGACCCCGCUCAGGAAUACAGUGCAGAUGGUCCCCCAUAUCCUGAGGAGAGUUUUGACCGGAUAUUAUUAGACGCUCCCUGCAGUGGACUGGGUCAAAGGCCCAACAUGACCUACAGCUGGAGUCUAAAAGAAGUCUGCUCCUACCAGCCUCUACAGAGAAAACUCCUCACUACGGCUGUACGUUUGUUAAAACGUGGAGGUGUUUUGGUGUAUAGUACCUGUACUGUGACACUUGCGGAGAAUGAAGAGCAGGUUGCCUGGGCUCUCAAGACAUUCCCCUGUUUAACAAUAGAACCACAGGUGCCUCAUUUAGGAUCAGAGGGGAUGCAAGGAGCAGGUCUGUCAUGUGAUCAACGACGGCUACUACAGAGAUUUCGCCCAGAAUUAGCAUGGAGAGGAGCUCAUUUUGCACAUUCCCCUGAGAGCCUCCUACAAAACGCCAACACUGAUACUAUUGGUUUUUUUAUUGCCAAGUUUAUAAAAAAUGGUGAGAAGUGCACACAAGCUUAAUACAGAACAACAGGCAGGGUUUUAAUAUGCAUUUAUCAUAUCCAUUUAAUGUUUUGUUUCCAAGUAUUGUUUUCAUCUUUUUAUGCAAUAUUGUACAUAUUAGUACAUAAAAUAAAUUAGUUAAUUUGUAA